CGUCAUGGGUAUUGUAGUCUAUUAUGCCAAACUGUCACGACAGAACCACAACUUUACGGCAGUCCCUGAACUACACACGCGCAGUCGCAGUGAGCUGACCUUCUGUGGUGCUCCUGAAGCAAGCAUGGCUGCCCGGGCGCUAACGAAAGGGCUUUGGGGACUACGAACCUCUGCUGUGUACCCGUGUGCUGGACACCAGUACGCCACUGCAGCAUCCAUCAAACCGACCCAAGUCAAAGCUGACGAUGUUUCAGACAAAGUGAUAAGCCAGCCACUGGAGAAGCCGGACUUCUUCCGUGUGUCGGAGCUCAUCUCGUUGAAAGACCUGUUCGACGCCCGAGUGCAUCUCGGCCAUAAGAAAGGUUGCAGACACAGGCUUAUGGAGCCGUACCUCUAUGGCUGCCGUUUGGACCAAGAUAUAAUUGACCUCGACCAGACCGUGGAGCACCUCCAGCAAGCCCUGAACUUCACCGCCCACAUCGCGUACCGCGGCGGCGUCAUACUGUUCGUCUCCCGCCAGCGUCAGUUCGUCCACCUGGUGGAGAGCGCCGCUGAGAGUUGCGGCGAGUACGCCCACACGCGGUACUGGCAGGGCGGCCUCCUCACCAACGCCCCCAUCCAGUACGGCCCGGGAGUCCGCUUACCGGACCUCAUCAUCUUCCUCUCCACGCUCAACAAUGUGUUCCAGCCGCACGUGGGGAUCAGAGACGCGGCCAAGAUGAACAUCCCCACGGUCGGCGUGGUGGACUCGAACUGCAACCCCAGCCUGGUGACCUACCCGGUGCCCGGGAACGACGACACUCCGGCUGCUGUGGAGACGUACUGUCGCUUAUUCAAGAUGACCAUCAACCGUGCCAAGGAUAAGAGGAGGCGGAUGGAGCUGCUGCACGGCAUGUCGGCACCGGCCACGCCAAGCUUGUGACAUGAUAUAUUGUUAAAUAAGAGACAUUAAAAAAAGUACAAAUCGUCUGCUGCUCCAUUUCAUCAUGCCUCUGGAAGAAUAAAUGUGAUGCUAGUGUU